AUGGACGCUCGCAUCAUUCUCGUUUCGUUGUGUUUCCUCCUCGCUAAAUCUGAUUUUGUCACCAAAAAAAACUGUAAAGAUGUGGACACAUCACAAUGCAGCGUACAUAACGUGGUGGUGGACCCUUGCCCGCGAAGUCCACGUAUGUGUGUCAUCAAGGUAGAGAAGUCAUACUCCAUCAAUGUGGACUUCACACCGCAUUUUUCAGCGAAGACUCUCAAGCUGGCCAUGUACAGCGACGAAAAGAAAACGGGCGCUUUUGAGAGUUUAAUAAAGACUCCAGAAGAUAGCUGCGGUCUGGUCACGUGUCCCUUGCAGGCGGAGGAGAGGAGGAACUUUGAUAUCAACUUCUCGCUAGCUAAAAUGUCGCCGGGUAAAUUCCCAAUCAAAAUGAAGCUGUGGAACGAAGAGGAUGAAUCUCAGGCGUGCUGUUUCACGUUUAACGUAAAAAUAAGGAAAUAA